CAUUUUGUUCUUCAAGUUAUUGUUACUUUUAUUUUCUUUUAUACAUUUCUCUUAAUAUUUAUGUAUGCAUCCAUAAUAUUUUUUUAAAAAAGAUUUUUCAUUAACUAAUGUAUUUAUUGUAGUUUUAAAUAUAUUAUAGUUUUCGUGCACUUGAUUAUUUUUUUUUUGGCGUUCGUAGUAUUUGAAUUGGUUGAGAACCUGAAUAGAUAUUUAUUUUCAUAAAGUUUUUGGUGUAUGUUUAAAAUUUUUUUUUGUAAAGGCUUUUAAAUCAUAUGAAUAUAAUAUUCAACACACUACUGUUGACUGUUUAUAUACUUAAAAUUCUAACGUAUGUAAUUGCAAAUUUUCUGAACUCAUAGAUUCGUUGCUACUUUACAAAUUAUCACAGGAUGAAGUACAUAGGGUAAAGAUUGUUUUGAUGAUAAUAUAAUGUCCAUAUCAUAAUGUGUGUGUUUUUUUUUAUCUACUAUGUAUUUAGAAAUAAUUAACACAUUCAAUAAUAUUAAAGAGUAAAAAGUCCUAUCAAUUGUUCAUAGUAUAAGCUCAAAGUUAAACUCAAGCCCAAUCAAAAAAAUAAAACUCAUAAGACAGACACAUGUCGGUCUGUCAGAGAGUGACUUUCCACGUGGAUAGCUUAGGAGAGAGACAAACAUAUUUUUAUAUAUAUAGAUCGUCUAUUUUGAUUGAGUUAUGUAUUUAUCAUCAGACGAUGAUUAUGGAGUUUCGGAUAAUAACCAAGGCCGACGAUUUCCUUGUUAAUCUGUAUUGAAACCCUUGUUUGUACUAAUGAAAAUGUUCGGUAAAUAGACUAUGUUCGAAAAUACUUGUGUGAGAGGGGGCAUCUGCGACUGCGCCCAACAACUUUUUUUAAAUUGCAUGUAAAGCAUUGAAUAAAUUCAGUAUGCCCUCUUUGUUUUAGCAUAUAUUCUCCUAAUCAAUAGAACAAUCUUUACCUCCGCCCCUGGGUAUAUGAUUAAUUAAUUUGAUACGUUAAAGUUUUCUACUUUAUAACAUGUGACUGUACGAGAUGACGAAGAUUGAGUUAUUUAUGUAGUUGUUACAACAAUAUUUUUUUGCUGCAAAUUGUUACAACAAGUUAUAAUUUACGUAUUUGUUACAACAUUCAUCAUGAAAAUGAGAAAAAUAUUUAUUUUGUAACAAUUUGUUAAAUUAUUUUCCUUUAUUUAUGAUGAAAGAAAAGAUGUGGUGCAUUGGAGUGAUGGUAUGUUCCAGUAUUAUUGAUUAGUAUGACCAAUUUACCUCGCAUUUUCUUCUUAUAAUUAAUUUGAAGUUGACUAGUUUUUUUUUAUUUGGUCAUAUGAUUGGACUACGUUUGUUGAUUGGAACUAGCACACAUAGCAUUUGUCAAUAUAACAUUUUAGUUUAAAAUUUCACUUAGUAAUCAGAUGGAGCGUGUGCCUGGAUCGUUUGGCACCAGCGUUAGUUUCGCUCUCCGUAUCUUCCAACUCGGUUUCUCUUCAACUUCUCUGAUCUCCAUGUGCUUGGAUUACGAUUUCAAUGAAGUCACGACCUUCUGCUAUCUGGCGGUUGUAAUGGCUUAUGUAAUUCUCUGGAGUAUCUUACACACGUUGGCCGAUACAUACUCUGUCUUAAUGAAACAACUUCCUCACAAACCUAGAGUUCUAUCCAUAGUUCUCGCCGGUGAUGUUGUACUGUCGUUUCUUUCUCUGAGUGGGGCUUGUGGUGCAGCCAGUGCAACCGAAAUGCUUUUGUCUAUUGAUGCACCCAUGUGCGGAGAUAACAGAUGUAUCAAAUACCAAGUCUCAGCUUUAUUGGCCUUCUUGUGCUGGGCUCUGUUUCUUGAUUCAGCUAUUUUCAAUAUUUGGAGCUUAUAUUCACUAUUCCGUUGACAUAGCACAUACAUGUACAUUUUAUUUUUUUUACUCUAGAACCUUAGAGCACCAUCAACGCAAGCGCUUGAUGGAGUGCUUCUUGGUGGAACCCACCAUAAAACAAGAAAACGGAGUGUUUAAAAUGCCUGAUUAGGUGUCGCUGCUUGAGCU